CACAUUACAGUCUAUUGAUAUGAAUCAGCAUCGUUUUCCAAACCUCCGUUUUAUCCUCUGCUGAUACCUGUAUGAUUGACAUUGGAGGGAAGAACUUAUUCAGUGUGACGCUCCAAAGGUGUUCUCUCUGUCAGUCAUCAGCAACUUUUUAAUCGGAGUAUUUCUCGCUUUAUGCGCAUUAGCACAUUUGCCUUAAAUCUGAAUUACUCUGGUGGCGGGUGGAAAUUUUUCUCGCCCCUUCAGGUUACUUAUAGUCGGGGAAACUGGCGAGAUAAAGGAGAGCUGAUCGUGGAGCUGCAGCGGUCUGAGGAGCUGUCCAGAUGCUGAAACAGCACCACGCAACCUCUCACUUCAUUUUGGGAGCUGGUUUGUUGAUGGACCCGUUAUCUUCUGAGCGAUUUUCAGAUUUUUAUUUUUAUUUUUUUUUUGAAGGGAGGUAUUAACUCACUGAAGGUGGGUUUAUUCUAAGGAAAAAUCUAAAAGCUGAUUGAAAAAAUAUUCAUCUGUUCUGAACUGCAAGGAGAUUCAGACAAUCCUUUUUUUUAAAAAUUGAUUUUCUCUUAGAGGCUCAUCCAACUUAAUUUAGAGCAAAAUUACGAUCAGUUCGCCAUAAAUCAGUGUCAGCCACAGCUCUGCAUGUAGGCUACAGCUGGAGAAUGCAGGCAGGAGGGGUGGAGUUCACUGCGUUUACUUUUCAAAGCGCCUCGGUCUCGGGCAGAAGGAGCUCAUUCUGCAGAGUUUGAACUGAUGGGUCCUGGCAUUUGAACCCCACGUUGCGUUUAAGCCAGUCGCCUCGCAGCCGCUCCCACCGCCGCCUUAAUUAAACUUUCCAUGCUGUUGCCCGUCCGGCGGACCGCAUCCAGGAGGUUUGUCUGGACCGCGCUCGCUCCUGCUCCCUCGGCUGCCGCGCUCCGGUUCUCCGCCCUCGGCUCUCCGGGUCCAGCGGAACUCACUCACACGGCCACAGGAGCUGGCCCGGGUCUCCCGCACGCAUGGAGGGGGACGUAAUGGACAAGGUGGAGGCCACGGCGACGGUCUGUGACUUCGACCCCAUGAGUGGGAGCAUCCCUGCCACCAAAGUGGAGAUCACAGUGUCCUGCAGGAAUCUUUUGGACAGAGACACUUUCUCCAAGUCCGACCCAUUGGUCGUGUUGUACACCCAGGGCGUGGAGUCGAAGCAGUGGCGAGAGUUUGGGAGAACGGAGGUGAUAGACAACACGCUAAACCCGGAUUUCGUCAGGAAGUACAUCCUGGACUACUUCUUUGAGGAGAAGCAGAACCUGCGCUUUGACGUGUAUGACAUUGACUCUAAAAGUCCAGAUUUAGCAAAACAUCCCAACGACUUUAACGACUUCCUGGGUCAGGUCUACUGUACUCUUGGAGAGAUCGUGGGCUCGCCUGCCAGUCGUCUGGAGAAGCAGCUAGUGGGCAUACCUGGGAAGACAUGUGGAACCAUAAUCUUAUCAGCUGAAGAGCUUGGAAACUGCAGAGAUUAUGCCACCAUGCAGUUCUGUGCCAACAAAUUGGAUAAAAAGGACUUCUUUGGAAAGUCAGACCCCUUCAUGGUCUUCUAUAGAAGUAACGAGGAUGGCACGUUUACCAUUUGUCACAAGACUGAGGUGGUGAAGAACACCCUGAAUCCUGUGUGGGAGCCCUUUUCCAUCCCUGUCAGAGCACUCUGCAACGGGGACUAUGAAAGGACAAUCAAGGCGGAGGUGUAUGACUGGGACAGAGAUGGGAGUCACGAUUUCAUUGGUGAAUUCACAACAAGCUACAAAGAGCUAUGCAGAGGCCAGAGCCAGUUACAUCUAUAUGAGGUGGUGAAUCCAAAGAAGAAACUAAAGAAAAAGCGAUAUAUCAACUCUGGCACGGUGUCAUUAUUAUCAUUCAAUGUAGAGUCUGAGCACACAUUCUUGGAUUACAUCAAAGGAGGAACUCAGAUUCACUUCACAGUGGCCAUUGAUUUCACUGCAUCAAACGGAAAUCCAUCGCAGUCCACUUCGCUACACUACAUGAACCCUUAUCAGAUGAAUGCCUAUGCCAUGGCUCUGAAGGCUGUGGGAGAGAUCAUUCAGGACUAUGACAGCGAUAAGAUGUUCCCUGCACUUGGAUUUGGUGCUAAGCUCCCGCCUGACGGGAGGGUGUCUCAUGAGUUUCCACUGAAUGGCAACGUUGAGAACCCGUACUGUAAUGGUAUGGAGGGGAUUCUUGAAGCUUACCAUCAAAGCCUUAAGACGGUUCAGCUGUAUGGACCCACCAACUUCGCUCCUGUUGUCAAUCACGUCGCAAGGUACGCAGCAGCCGUGCAGGACGGAUCUCAGUACUUCGUCCUGCUCAUCAUUACAGAUGGAGUUAUAUCAGACAUGGCUCAGACUAAGGAGGCCAUAGUGAAUGCUGCAAAGCUCCCGAUGUCUAUCAUCAUUGUCGGAGUUGGCCAAGCAGAGUUUGAUGCAAUGGUUGAGCUGGAUGGUGAUGAUGUCAGAAUCUCAUCACGAGGAAAGUUGGCAGAGAGAGACAUUGUGCAGUUCGUACCAUUCAGAGACUACAUGGACCGCACAGGUAACCACGUCCUCAGCAUGGCCCGGCUGGCCAAAGACGUUCUGGCUGAGAUCCCGGACCAGCUGAUCUCCUACAUGAAGAGCAGAGCCAUUAAGCCCAACCCCGUCCCCCCACCGUACUCCUCCUGCAAGCAGCCCGAGACGGAGUCUGUUUGAUCCCCGCCUCUGACAUCGGCACCGCCUUGGCCGGGGCAGGUUUCACAUUAAUGCAAACGAUCCUUGUGAGGAGAAAGUGGGAAUGAUUUGCAGGCACUUUUACCCCAGUGAAACACACACACAACAAAACUCUAUGAAGAGCCAGAGCAGAGAGACGGCUGUAGAGGAACGGGUUGGUAAUCGGAGGGUUUUAUUUUUUCUCUCAGAGCACCGAGAGGAGAACGAUGUAAAGGGAAGCUUUAGAUGUUUGCUGUCAAACCUGUCAAAGUGGUGAUGUGACGGAAACCUGUAGAGCGAGGCCUUUCUGAAGGCGUACACAUAUUAGGAUGUACCAGUUUGUAUUUUGUUUGUGGUACCUUUUUGGAGUUCAUGUGUUAAUCUAGGGAUCCUGUUAUGAAUACCAGUUUUUAUUUAUUGAUUUAUUGCAGAAAUAAUUUAUUGUUUCGCAGAGAUUUUAUUGGGUUGGGGUAUUGAAGUCAUAUAGAAAUAUAUAUCCUGUAGUUUUCCAUCUUAUAUUUUGUGACCAGCAUAAGGAAAACUAUCAUUUCUACGACCAUUUCUACUUUGAUAAAGCCUGUAACAUAGAAGCAUCGGACACAAAUCUAACAACGUAGGAAUCAUUUUCGCUCAUGGGAAAUUUUUUGACUGCAAGCUGUAACAUAGUCUACCGCCAUACAGAUUUUUCAUGUCUUAUAUGCAUUUCUAAUCUUUAUAUAAACAGAAUGCACUAAUUAGUGUCAAAACAAAAGCACAAAGUCCUCAUAUUAUUAAGUUAAAUAUGUUCACUUUGAAAACUCAAACCAGAAUGAAAAUCAUUUGAAGGAUGGCAGAUCACAUCUUACCACAGCUUUAAUAUUCUCUUCUAGUAUUUUAGACAAAUUUAUUAUUUAGGUAUGCAUAAUGCUGAAUAUUCUUAUAUAUUAAACUAUAUUUUACUUACCAUAUUGAGCAGGAUGUUUACAUAAGAAUGACUGCGUAAUUCCUGGCACAUCCUCAUACAUUAUCUGUAUGCAAAGAAAUAAUUGUACUCAAACUCUUUUGCCAUCUUACUAUUUAUUUAUUUAUUUCCAUUGUAUUUGUUGCUAGUGCAUGUCGUUAUCUGGAAUUUUGUUUGGCAAAUUUGAAGGAUCCUUCAGAUUUUAUACUCUGAUGUCAACUUGCUCCCAUAAUUUCUUCCUUAAAUGUAUUUACAUUUCUUUGAAGGAGGUCUCAGCAAUCAGAAAUCAUUGACCAGAAAUUGAAAUGCAUUCAUAUGCACUUUUUUUCCCCAAAUAUCUAACAAAUACAACAAUUACUGAAUGACUUGAGUUGAGCUAAAACUUGACUGUACUCAGUCUGGAUCCAGUGUUUUGUCCAUAUCUACAUGUGUAUUUUUCUCCAUGUGUGUUUUUCCCCCAACAACCACAGACACCAUUUAAAGCUAACACUGUUUUAUUUAGCCUUUAGUUGUGUAAAAAGCCUGUAAGAAGCAUGAAUUAAUCUUUCACUGCUGUAGCAUGAUCUCACAUUAAAGAUGUUCAGAAAUCCAACCUUUUAUCUCACAUUAAAACAUUAAGAGGAGUGACUGAAUCCCAUUGGAAAUAUGGUUUAGGUUUAAUCUACCUUCAAUUAACCAGGAUAAAAACUCUUUUUUACAAGAGUGUCCUGCACUAAGAAGGCUUCACUUUAUCUGGUGUUAAUUUGGCCAAUUUGGCCAAAACCUGAAAUGAUGAAACUUUCCUCAAUGCCCUUCAUGCUUUACAAGUUUCUAAGUGGUUGUGGAAGAGAAACGAUCCCUUAGCACAACAGAUCCUCCACCAUACUCAGCCGUGGCCAUGAGCUUCUUUUCCACACACAUUUCUCUGUUAUUUUACUCCAAACUGACCUGAAGUAGUGACGGUUUUUGAUUGUUGAUCAAUUGCUAAUAUGGAUUCUUAGCAGCACCAUUCAUUAUUAAACCUGAAAUACUUUUUUUCCUUAACCAUCUAUAUAAUUAUUUUCACUGUUUGUGUUGGACAAUAAAACUUUAAUGACUGCACCAUCUAAUGUGUGAAUAUGGGAAAGUUUAGGUACUUUACUGACGGUUUUUAUAGGGUCUGAUGUGGCAGAAAUUGUCACUGGGUUGUUUUUGUUUUUGUUUUUUACCUUUUAAAAAGUUGGAUUUUUCCAAAUUCUUUACUGUGAGAUUAUGCAGACGCACCA